GAUUGACAAUAGGAGAGAGAGGUUUAUGAACCGUCUCUCCCUCUCUUGUUCGUGUCAUUAUUAUUCAACUUAUCUUGUUCAUUAUUGUCUUGACAUUGAACCCGCUACAUUUUUCAGCUUGGCUGGUUCAGGUGAAGGUUCAUGUUUCGCAUUUUUCCAAACCGGUGUUCGUGAGACACACACACCCAUUUCUUUAUUUUUUUAUUUUAAAAUAAAAAGGAGAAGUUGUAGUAGUAGUAGAAAACAAAAACCCUAGAGUUAAUGAAUACGAUUUGAAAGCAGGAACCGUGACUUUGAAACUUCAGGCCGUUAUAAGUUAGCCCCAAAAGUAUAAAUGUCGCUUUUCCUGCCGGCGCCACUCGGAGCUGAAAGGAGAAGAAGAGUUUCUUUUUUCUUCUUCUUAUCUUUUUCUUUUUGUAUUUUGUUUGGCAACAAACGACAUACAAUGGGAAAAAAUCAACUGUUGGGGCUGUGGCCAACUUCAGUCGGCUUCCAGCUUCGUCCGUGACCAGUCACGUUCCUCAUUUUUAUCCCGGGGACGUCGAUUUCUCGUUAUUUUUCUCAUCGUCAAACUUUACUCUCCGUACGUGUCGUGCAUUCCAAGACCUACCCUUAAUGAUAGAAAGUGACCUGUUCGGGACGAGGAUAAUCCCGCAUCAUUCCUUUGAGUAGCUUGUGAAAGCGGACAAUUACACCGAGAGAAAAGCUAAUCGAAACUGUGCAUCCCUCUAAUCGUCUAUAUACAGCGGAAAAUAAAAUCACCGAGAGAAAAAGAAAAAGAAAAAAAGAAAGCCAAGUUUGAUUGAGGCCACGGGAGGCGCUGCAAUCGCGGCCUGACUUGUCUCUAGCAUUUAUAAGACAGUCGAUUAAGAUUCUAAAAAUUCUACUCUGUCGAUGUGCAUCUGAAACGCAUACCGUACGUGCCUUCACCCUCUCUCUCCGCCUCCUUUUUCAGUCAGAAACCAACACAUAGUAUAGUAGAAACACAUUUUUUUGAGGGGUUCGGGAUUAUAGGCGGGACUUUUCGGUUUGUUUCUCUCUUGUCUGCCGUGGCCCGCAGGGCACACGACACCACCAGCCGGAUUCACGCCCUGUGGCGUUCCCGGGAUAAAAUAACGCUCUGUGUGUUGUGAGUUGUGGAUACUAUAUUAUUGCCAUAGGAGAGCUUUUUGAGCGUUUUCAAAAAGGUUCCAUCGAAACGCAGUAGAGAGUGUGCGAUCGUGCUACGAGCUACACGUGCCGUGCGCUGGCCGAUCUAUUUCCACAUUUUUCUCCCCCACUGUCGAUUGUUGCUGUCGAGUCGAUUUUUUUCGAGGGUUCGAAACAAGACAAACACGAUUGCAGCCGUGUGUGACGAGAACUUCCGCCGAGUCCUCUUGUGUGUGUUUGAAAACACUAUCGGCGACGACAAGUGAAUGCGUUGACAUGAGGCCCAGCGCCACAGUACGUACGUCUGUCAGCCAUCUUUGAAUUUUAGGCCUCUCCUGGGCCUUGUUUUCUCGUCGACUCUCCGACAAAAGAGCCCAACCGGAGGAAACAAACUUUUUUUGGGUUCCUCUAUUUUGUGUGUGUGUUUUGUCGAGUUUGGAAAAAAUUUUGUUAUCGACAACAUGGCCAAGAGUCCAGUGAUUCAAAUGCAAAACUGGUUUCUCAACAACCAACAUCAGUGGUGGUGUGGGCCGCCGAUGAGCUACGGACACGACCACUCGGCCUGGUUCGAGUACACGGAAGCCCUUCAAGAUGCUACAGAUAUCCGGACACAACUGAAUGAGCAACUGCGAUGUCUCGACUACCGGAUGGAGACGCAAAUUUCAGUCGUCGGCGAAUUACAGGAUUUCUUCCGGCGUCGGGCUGAAGUGGAGCUGGACUACAGCAAAAACCUCGACAAGCUUUCCAAGAGUUUGUCGGCCCGCCACAAGGAGCAAAAGCAAAAACGGGAGCAGUGGCACUUGUUUUCCAGCUACGCCUCUUGGCAGCACUUGGUGGCACAGACCAAACGUCAAGCCAGAGAUCACGCCCUGCUGAGCGACAUUUACGCCAACACGGUCAUCCAGCGCCUCGGCCAGGUCACCGAAGAAGUCCAACGCAUCUACCGACGUUGCCGCGAAGUGGGAUACGAGAGUCACGAAGAGCUGUUGAAGGUGCUGCACGAAUUGCACGCGGCCAUGAAGACGUCGCAGAUGUACCAGCUGGAGCAGAGGCAAGCCGAUACGAAGCUGCGCUACGUCGAGGCGCAGCGCCAGAAAUUGGAGUCGUCGAUCGCUCGCGAAAAGCUGGAAAAGUCGAAGAAAUUCAAAUUGAUUGAAAAGGAGAUCGCCAAGCGACAGGCCAAAUACAACGACGCUCAUCUCAAGGCCCUCAAGGCGCGCAACGAGUACGUUCUCUGCAUGGACGCUGCCAACUCGGCCGUUCACAAGUACUUUAUCGACGAUCUCUCCGAUAUCAUUGACUGUAUGGACAUUGGCUUCCACAAUUGCGUGGGCCGGGCGCUGCAAGUUCACGUUUCGGCCGAAGAGAACAUUCGUCGCUCGCUCCAAAUAAGCGUCGACGGCAUGAACAAGUGCUUGAGCAACCUGGACUCUAGAGCGGAUAAACAGCGCUUCCUGGAAGCCAAUCACACGGCCUUUAUGAUUCCGAAAAAAUUUGACGCGGCCACCUAUCAGAACAAGAUCGACGAGGGAAGUUUCGAAUUGAUGAUGGUCCCCCAGGUGCGUGAGGAAUUCGAGUCGCGCUACUUGCAGCUGCACAAGCGUCUGACCUCGCUGCGGGCCGAGUCGGAGGAGGUCUGGAAGACACUAGAGACGGCCGAGAGCUCUCUCAUGGAGAUGAUUUCGGCCAAGGACUACGACGUCACGCCGUAUUUCGCCGCCGCCGCAACUAUCGAUGAUGACAAGUUCCCACCGUCGACGGCCCCUUUCAAACAGCCAGAAGCCGCCUUGCUCAAAUUACGCGCCGACCGACAAGAAACGGAAGAUUUCUACCUGAAUAAAUUUCACGAGUACAUUUUGAAAUCCAACCUGAUGCAUCGGCUGCAGGCCAAGUACGAAUUGAUUCACAAGACAUUGGCCCAGGACGGAUCUCAGUUGCCGACGUCGCCGAAAUUGGCUUCUCUGUCGACCGUCGCCACGACUCCCAAUCCGCUGGGCGGAAAGCCGCGACGUCGAAGGAUAGGUCGAACCCCAUUGAUUGGCCAGCCUAAACUCUUUGGAGGCAGCCUGGAGGAGUACCUGGAAGCCACCAAUGAAGAAAUUCCGCUGGUGAUGAAGAGCUGCAUUCGCGUCAUCAAUCUUUACGGCUUGCACCAUCAGGGCAUCUACCGCGUCUCCGGCAGUCAGGUGGAGAUCAACAACUUCCGCGAGUCGUUCGAGCGUGGCGAAGAUCCGCUGGCUGACGUCACCGACGCCUCCGAUAUCAAUUCGGUGGCCGGCGUUUUUAAAUUGUACCUGCGCGAGCUGAGGGAGCCCCUGUUCCCCAUCCUAUUUUUCGAUCAGUUCAUGGAAUUGGCACAGCUCCCUUCCAAGGAGGAUUUCAAAACUCGGAUGAGGGAAGUGGUCCAGACUUUGCCACGGCCCGUCUUUGUCGUGAUGCGCUAUCUCUUUUCCUUUUUGAAUCACUUAUCCGAAUACAGCGACGAAAACAUGAUGGAUCCUUAUAAUUUGGCCAUCUGUUUCGGCCCUACUCUAGUCCCGGUUCCGGAAGACAAGGAUCAAGUGCAGUAUCAAAAUUUGGUUAAUGAAUUGAUUAAGAAUAUCAUCAUCAAUGCCGAAGACAUCUUCCCCAAUGACGGCGGCGUCCUCUACGAACGAUACAUCUCCAGAGAACCCGACGAAGGGGAAGUGGGCGAGGCCCCGUCUGAUACCAUGUCGGAAGAAGUAGAUUCCGAAGUCUAUCCUUCGGAAGAUGAUUCAGUGUUUCGGGAAAAAGAUAUCAGCUUGCAAUUGUUUGGCAAAGCGGAAACGCUGGAAGCAAUUGCUCAGUUUGAUUUCACGGCCCGAUCGCAGCGCGAACUCAGUUUUAAGAAGGGCGAUCUGCUGACGCUGUACACUCAAGUGUCGAGCGACUGGUGGAAGGGAACCAAAGACGGUCGUGAUGGACUCGUUCCCGACAAGUAUAUCAUGCUGCGCAUCAGGGACGAAGAUCGAGAGCGUCUGGAAAUCGGGAAAAUGUCGACAACCAGUGGAAGCAGCAGCUCAGAAGAGUCUGCCGCCGCUGCUCGCCGUCGAACUUCAAGUUCCAGUGAUGCGUCGGCUUCUUCAGCACGACUUUCCAAGAUAAGGCAGGACAGUCGGGCGCUGACAGGUUCAGAGUCGAUUGAUUCCGAAUCACCAGUUCCGUCUCUACCAUCACCCAGCUUGGAGAAACGUGUGCGAACUGGACCGACAAUAGCUUUGGUACGACCGACAACUCUAUCUUGUCAGGGACCUGCUUUGCACCCGCCGCCCAGCCCGAAGCUAUCGGUUUCGCCUCAAUCAUCAGUCACAAUCGUCUGCAAUAGCAACGGAUCCUCAACCGUCGUUUGUCCGAUAGUUUCGACAUCUUCGGUGAUGGAGAGUGUUGCCAAAGAGCAGAGCGUUGCGGCAGCGGUGGUGGAGGAAGCGGUGGCAGCAGACCCAUUGGUCGUGCCAUCGUCGGUGCGUUGCACGGAGCAAGCCAUUAACGAGACCCUGACGAAUUUUCCGGCCACGGUGGUGACCCAUUUGGACGACAGCGGCGACCGGGACAGCCUCUCUGAGAGUUUGACGCUCAGCGACGAAAAGAGCCUUUGCGAUAGUUUCACUAGUCUGGACACACUGGAUCAAGAAUUGGAUCACGAACUGCCGGUGCCCGUUGUCGAAAAGGCUCGACUGGAACCGGCCAAUCAAGCUGGGAGUUUGCAGAAUUUGGAAGCCACCCUGGAAGUGGAAAACGCGCCCGUAUUUCGGCGACAGAGAUGGGAGACGAGGAGUAUGAUCAACUUGGAACGCUCCACUGGACCAGAAAAGCUCAACAUUUCAGUGGGCGGUUGGAGUGAAGCCAAAACGACGGAAGGUGCGGCUGCUGCCAACGAUCACGGAUCUGCAUUGGCUCCAGCUAAGGGCUCGUUUGUUCGCCGACGUGAUCUUUGGGAAAAGAGGACAUCCAUCACAUCGACGCCGGCUGCAGUACCUGUGGUCCCAGCAACCGCAGCCACUUCGCAGCCUCAAAGACCCAAGCACACGCCCGACUUGGUGAUGGACUUGCCUCCAUCACUGCCGCUCAGUUCCAGCCCAAAAGAAGGUGACAGUUUGGUCGAUCCGGCCAGCAGACAACGACACGAAUCGGAGAGCAGCAGCGGCAGUAGCAACAGUUCCAGCCCGGGCAGUCCCGAUAUGACGACAGCCGCCGAGACUUUUGCCAUGCAGAAUCAGAGUACAUUAAAGAAAAGUACCAUUAAGCAGAUCAAGAAAGACAAAGCCGACGCUGCUGCUUCUUCCGUUUCCGCUUCGACAACAGUCACGGAGACCACUGCUACCCCAGCGAUGGCCGUCACGGUCACGGAAGCCUCCCCCCGGCCCUCGGUUAAAGUCAGCGUCACAGCUUACGGAUCUGCAGCUCCCAUUUCGUCUAGCAUGCGUCCCAUCACGCCCAAGAUAGCUAAUCGUUUUCCGCACCACAUGAACCACCUCUACGCUACUCCGAUGCCCGUCCUUCCCGUAGCGUUUGCUGCCGAAGCGGCCGCUGCCGCCACAUCGCCCUCCUCGGUUGAUGCCAAUCGACCGCAACUCAAAAUGAAGCCACAAGUUCUCAAGAAACCCACGUUGCCGGUCUCGCUGAGCUCGCCGGAAUCCUCACGCCGAACCAGUUUCGACCAGGAUUCGCACGUCUGAGAGAUGCUGCCUAAUAAAUCAACAAUUAAAUUAGGUAGUUAACUGUAUACACACAUCACAAGGUAUCGACACGGGACCACACGCGGGAUACCCCAGAUCGCUUCCAGAAUCCUUGCCAAAACUCCCAUCACACAAGAAAAAGGAAACGGAGGGAGAGAGAGUCUAAAAAGAGAUCGGAUUUUAUUUUUUCCUUCUUCUCGCAAUUCUUGCCGAUGAAUUGUCUUUUUCCUAUGCUGUUCGCGUACCUACGAAUGUCCUGGGCCAGUAGCUGACCCGAUUCCCGCGCUUGUCAAAAACUUUUUUAUAUGUUGUUGUAUUUCCUUCACCGUCACUGUCUGGUUAUCAAUCCCCCCACCCCUUUCUUUUUUUUUAAAUCUCGCCCCAUUACAAAAGUCCUAAUUACGAAUCAAGAUUAAUAUCAAUUUCCCAAAAUGUGUGCUAUUCUUUCCAUCAAAGUGCAAGUAUUAUCACAAUUUGUUUCGAAAUUCCAUUCUGUCGAAUUGCUGACUUUUCCUCCAUUUUGGUAUUUUUUUUUCUCCCUUUCGUAUUCUAAACAUCUGUAGACCAGAAAUACAAUAUUGAACUUUC